CAGAAACUGCCAGCGGGUGUAGUCAGUGAAUAGCUGCUUACAAAUAACGAUUUACAUUACAAUUACAGUAUUGCAGUAGGCCUAGUAUUAUUGUUUUAGUAUUCAUUUUCACAGCUUUUAUCUCGACCGGUGGACAUGAUGGUAUUUGGUAAAAAAUGUAAGAAACUGGACUUUAUGUUAACCGAUUCGGUAACGUUCUGUAAUCAUGGAGGGUUUGGAGGAGCCCCAAGGAAGGUUAUUGAAACUCAGAGAAGCUAUCAAUUGGAGCAAGAGAGUGACCCUGAAGGUUGGUACAGAUAUCGAGUAGAGGAUCUAUACUCAAAUGCAACGGACAAAGUAGCUGAGUUCGUGGGAUCAGACAAAGAAAAUCUCGUCUUAGUAGAAAACGUAACAACAGGUGUCAAUACUGUACUAAAAUCGCUUCAAUGGUUGCCAGGCGACAAGAUACUCAUAACAAAUCAAACGUUUGAAGCAGUCAAGAACACCUUGACAUUUAUGAAUAAGAAGAAUGAAGAAAUUGAGAUAGUAACAAUGGACAUCCGAUUCCCGAUUGAGAAUAAAGAACAGCUUGUUUAUCAGUUGGAAGAGACCCUUGAUGCUAAUAAAGACAUCAAAAUGGUGAUAUUGGACCAUAUAAUCAGUGUGUCUGCCAUUCUAAUGCCGAUAGAAGAUAUGAUACCAGUAUGUCAUCAAAGAGGGGUGAUGGUGAUGGUGGACGGUGCGCAUGCUCCUGGGCAGGUUCAACUGCAGUUAGAUCAAAUUGGAGCCGAUUUUUAUACGGGUGACCUUCACAAAUGGUGUUUUACAACACGUGGUUGUGCUUUACUUCACGUUGACCCAAAACACUCUGACGUCAUCAAUCCGCUUGUGACGGCGUAUUUGCACUUUCAUCCGCGUUUACGUGAUCGUUUUGUGCGUCAGUCGACUAGAGAUUGCACGUCAAUGUGUAUUGCAUCGGCCGCAAUUGAGUUUUUAGAGGAGAUUGGUGGACUGGAUGUUAUAACCCAGCAUAAUACGAAUUUAGUAGAUUGGGCAGUUGAGAUGCUCGCAAAUGCAUGGAAAACAAAACAUCUUCCAGUUCCUCGUAGCUUGAGGGCGCCCUUUAUGUCGUUAGUAAUGCUUCCAGCUGACGUCAAUGAUGUAGGCAUACCAGCAACCUACCAGGGAUCAAAGAAACUAAUGGGAAAAAUUUAUAAGAAGUACGCGAUACACUGUGCGUGCACGGCGUUUGAUGGUCGAUUCUGGGUUCGCGUAUCAGCUCAAAUUCAUAACUGUAAAGAGGAUUAUUUCAAGUUGCGCGAUGCAAUAACACAAGAAUUUAUAGAAGAACCAAAGAAAAAUAAUAAAACAAAAUGAAUAUUUAACGAUGGACUAUCUGUCAUACCAUUUGGCUUCAUAGCUCAAUUGGUAGAGUAUCCGAAAGGUAAUGGAAAGUUUUGGACGGAAUUCCCAAAAUGUAUUAUUUUAAAUCAUUUAAAUAGUUUCAACAAUUGUAAAUAUUUAUAUAUAAUAAUAAUUGAGAUUGCAUUUGAGAAAAAAAAAUGCUCACACACUUAUUAAACAAAUAAAUAUUUAUUGGUUCGUUGGAGCAUGAUUAUUUAUACACUUUAUUAAAGUAGUCUCUAAUAUUAUGACCAUACAUAAACAUUAUGACGUUGAUAAAUAACCGUAAAAUCGGUUUACAUAUUUUCUUCUUAUAUAGAAGGUACUCUUUUCCGAUUUUCUCUCUAAACUUGUAACAGUGUUUACGGAGAGAUUGCGAGAGCGAUGAUGAUGUUGAGUAUUUACAAAUCGACUGGAGAUUUUCUCUGGCGGUACGAUGGUACCAUGUUAAUACUAAUGUUGAUUAUUAUCU